UCAGCAUCGAAGAAAUUGAAGAAAAAAUCAUCUGGGGUUGAAGAAAAUACAGAUGAAAUAAUGCCCAAAUCAUCUUCAAAGCAAAAUGCUGGAGGACAUGUGGAGCAAUUGAAAAGACUCUCAGAAAAGGAUCCUGAGUUCUAUCAAUUCUUGCAAGAGCAUGACAAGGAGCUCCUUGAGUUUGAUGAUGAUGAGGAUAUUGAUGAUGAUGCUGAGACUGAAAUGGAUGGUGACGAAAUGGAAGAAGAUGAUGAAGCUGAUGAAUUUGACACUGAACAACUCGUUCAUGCAGAUGGAAAGGAGGUCAAAUCGGCCACAAAUGUCAUCACUAGUGCAAUGGUGGACUCUUGGUGCAGUUCAAUUCAUGAAAAUAGAAGUUCGGGGGCUAUCAGGUCUCUCAUGAGAGCUUUCCGCACAGCUUGUCAUUAUGGCGAUGAUACUGGUGAAGAUGCUAAGUCAAAGUGGAGUACUAUGUCUAGCGCUGUGUUCAACAAGAUAAUGUUAUUUGUUCUAAAAGAAAUGGAUGGAAUUCUUCGUGGCCUGUUGAAGUUACCAACUUCUGGUGGGAAGAAGGAGAUGAUAAAGGAUAUGUCCAAUACUAAGCGGUGGAAGAGCAACAACCACUUGGUGAAAUCAUAUCUUGGGAAUGCGCUACAUGUUCUAAAUCAGAUGACUGAUACAGAAAUGAUAUCAUUUACAUUACGAAGACUCAGAUUUUCAUCUGUAUUUUUGGCUGCUUUUCCAGUUCUGUUAAGGAAAUAUAUAAAGGUUCUUCUUCAUUUCUGGGGUACAGGCGGAGGUGCACUACCAGUUGUCUCUUUUUUGUUUCUAAGAGACCUGUGUAUACAGCUUGGUUCUGAUUGCAUUGACGAGUGCAUUAGAGGGAUGUACAAAGCUUAUUUGUUGAACUGCCAAUUCAUGAGUGCGUCAAAGCUGCAGCAUAUUCAAUUUCUUGGUAAUUGUUUCGUUGAACUACUUAGGGUGGAUCUUCCCAAUGCAUACCAGCAUGCCUUUGUUUUCAUUCGGCAGUUGGCAAUGAUUUUAAGGGACGCUCAUGGUAGUACUAAGACCAAGAAAUCGUCUCAAAAGGCUAAUCAAUCAUCCAAGGAAGCACACAAUACUAAGGGCAAGGAAUCAUUUCUGAAGGUUUACCAGUGGAAGUAUAUACAUUGUCUUGAGCUGUGGACUGCAGCUAUCUGUGCAUACAGUUCAGAACCAGAGUUUAUGCCCCUGGCUUAUCCGCUGACACAAAUAAUUUCUGGAGCAGCUCGUUUGGUUCCAACUGCUCGCUAUUUUCCCCUUAGAUUGCGGUGCAUCAAAAUGCUCAACAGAAUUGCUGCCUCCACGAAUUCUUUUGUUCCUGUGUCCUCACUCCUCUUAGACAUGCUGGAGAUAAAAGAAUUGCAUAGGCCUCCAACUGGGGGAGUUGGAAAAGCCAUAGAUUUCCGUACUGUUUUAAGGGUUAGCAAACUUUCGCUGAAAACGAAAGCAUUUCAGGAAGCAUGUGUGUUUUCUGUGGUUGAGGAGCUUGCUGAGCAUCUUGCUCAGUGGAGCUACUCGGUUGGUUUCUUUGAGCUGUCUUCUGUCCCUGCAGUUAGGUUACGCAACUUUUGCAAGUCCACCAAUGUUGAUAGAUUCCGUCGUGAAAUAAAGCAAAUCAUUCGCGAGAUUGAAGCCAAUUCGGAGUACACAAAUAAGAAGCGCAUGACGGUUUCAUUUCUGCCUAAUGACCCAGCUGCAGCAUCUUUUCUUGAGGAUGAUAAGAAUGCAGGGGUGAGUCCUCUAUCAAAAUAUGUUGCCAGUCUCCGACAGAGAGCACAACAGAGAAAUGAUUCAUUAAAGGAAUCCAGUAUACUUGUUGGUCAAGACUCAUCCGCCUACGGGAGUAAGAUAACUGAAAGCGAUGAAGAUGAUGAUGGCGAAGAUAACAAAGGAGAUGCUGUCUUCAGUUCUUCUUGGCUACCUGCAGGCACUCCCAAGUCUGAGGAGUCUAAAGAGGAGAAACAGAAGAAAAAGAAGAGAAGGAAGGAGCAAGAUGAUGAGACCGCUUUCGACGAAGACAUAGUAGAGGAUUUUGUCCUUAGUUCUGAUGAUGAGGAGGGUUCCUUGAGUGAAGCCCCCUCUGACGAAGAAGUAAGCAUAAAAGAAAAGCCAUCUAAAGCGCCUUCAAAGAAGAAAGGAAAAACUCAUCGGAGGAAGAACAAGAAAAGGAAGCAAUCCAAUCCAGUAGCAUCUGCUGUUUGAUGAUUCUUGAAGAAGGAACAAGAACAGUGUAGCCAUGAGUCAAUUUGUCCAGUGUAACUUUGCUGCAUGUUUGCUAUAACAAAAAAUACUUAUGCUGUAGAAGUUAGCUUAUCAAUUUUGUUUUUCUUUAUCCUUCCUUUUAUUUUCGUUCCAUAUAGGCAGACUACGUAUAACAAUUCAUAUAUAACUAAUCCCAUCUAGUUGGGAAUUGAGAUGUAAUUCAUUGAUCGA